AGCGGCUUCCCCCUCCCUGCUAGUCACAGUUAGCAACGCCGGCUAAUGUGGCUACAACACCCGCAGACGACGUUAAUUUACACCGAAACUCACCUCCGGUGAAACCAAACAAAGCCGUGUUUGUCUUUUUUCCUCGUUGUUCCUAUUUACCACGCUCAAACCACGACAAAGUAACCUGUUCGCGGGACAUUUGCAAGCCCAGCGCCUAGUGUUUAGUUGCGCAACGCAGAGCUAAGCUGCGUGUAGCCGCCGCGGAGCUACAGAUGAAUGGAGGUGGAUCCGAGCAAAACUGGCGUUAAUUCGUGUUUAACGAUGAAGAGGCACGGGUGCUGAAGAAGCCAGAGCUGCUGCUAAAGGGAGAUGGAUCAGAGGGAUCAGUGGACGGAGGGCUGCCCAGGUGUGACGGCGGGGGGGCGAUAACAACAACACCAGGGACUGUAGCUGCAGCUGCUUUAUUUACACCUGCACCCUCUCAGAUCGGCGUCCACCACGUCCUGCAGGAUUGAUAUUCGUGCAUGAGGGAUGGUGCCACGGCGGGGUGACCCUGCCCUACCCAGGUAGGGAGGACUGUCCCCGGCCUGAGCCUGGCCCGGCCCGGAGGAGGAUGGGAAGACUCAGCCUGGCUGAUCCACUUCACCACAACUUUCUGCUGCUUCAUUUAGGAUCAUGACGGACGCGGAGGAAGAAGUCACACAAGAGUUGUUACAAUGAUGGAUUAAUCAGCUCCAACAAGACCCCCCCCCCUUUUUUUUUUUUAAAUUUUAUUUUUAUUUUUUCCACAUUACUUUUGUAAAGACUGUGGCACUGGAAACACAACAGACUGUGGCACUGGAAACAUGUCUGCGUUUGCAGAGUUCGUGCCCCCUCCCGAGUGCCCGGUGUUCGAGCCGAGCUGGGAGGAUUUCUCCGACCCUUUAGGAUUUAUCAACAAAAUCCGACCCAUCGCAGAGAAAUCGGGCAUCUGCAAGAUCCGACCCCCCCAGGACUGGCAGCCUCCUUUUGCCUGCGAUGUUCGCAACUUCCGCUUCACUCCAAGAGUGCAAAGACUAAAUGAACUUGAGGCGCUUACUCGGGUUAAGCUCAACUUUCUGGACCAAAUUGCAAAGUUCUGGGAGUUGCAGGGAUCAAAGGUUCGAUUCCCUCACAUAGAAAGAAAAGUUUUGGACCUCUAUCAGCUCAGUAAGAUUGUAUCAUCUGAGGGCGGUUUUGAGGACGUGUGUAAAGAGAAGAAAUGGUCCAAAGUAGCCAGUCGCAUGGGUUUCCCAUCGGGGAGAGGCACGGGUUCACUUCUGCGUUCACACUAUGAGAGAAUCCUUUAUCCCUACGAGCUCUUCCAGUCCGGUGCCACACUAACUGGCCUCCAGCGGCUUUAUGAUGAUGAAAAUGACGGAGACGACAUAGAUGAGGGAGUCGGUGAGGAAGCGAUGGAGGACGACCAGCAAGAUGAGGAGGACGACAAGGAGCGAGAUGGGGAUGGUGAUCUGGCACAAACCAAAGACCACCUUCUGCCUGAGAGACGCUCCAGGCGGCUAAAGUCAGAGAGGGAAAACAAAGAGCCGAAAAGCCUCAAAAUCUUCGGAACAAGUCCCAGGAUGGUUGGUUUGGAGAUCGUAUCAGCUGAUGAUGGCUUCAAUAAGAAGCAGCGUCACCUCAAGGCCCAGGCGUUUGCCAUCAAAAUGAGACCACGCAAGGAGACCCUGGAGGUCAACUUUAUUGACCUGUAUUUCUGCAUGGUGUGUGGACGAGGCGAUGAGGAGGACCGGCUCCUGCUGUGUGAUGGCUGUGAUGACAGCUACCACACCUACUGUCUCAUCCCGCCUCUUCAGGAUGUGCCCAAGGGGGACUGGCGAUGCCCCAAGUGUGUUGCUGAGGAGUGCAGUAAGCCCAGGGAGGCGUUUGGCUUCGAGCAGGCUGUGAGGGAGUACUCUCUGCAGAGCUUCGGAGAGAUGGCCGACCACUUCAAAUCUGACUAUUUCAACAUGCCAGUUCAUAUGGUUCCCACGGAGUUGGUGGAGAAGGAGUUCUGGCGUCUGGUCAGCAGCAUCGAGGAGGAUGUCAUCGUGGAGUAUGGAGCUGAUAUCAGCUCCAAGGACGUGGGCAGUGGAUUCCCUGUCAGGGAUGGCAAGAGGAGGCUGCUGGGAGAUGAAGAGGAAUACGCCAACUCGGGGUGGAACCUGAACAACAUGCCAGUGCUGGAGCAGUCUGUGCUUGCCCACAUCAACGUAGACAUAUCUGGCAUGAAGGUGCCUUGGCUCUACGUGGGGAUGUGUUUCUCCUCAUUCUGCUGGCACAUCGAGGACCACUGGAGUUACUCCAUCAAUUUCCUUCACUGGGGUGAACCCAAGACUUGGUAUGGAGUCCCAGCUUCUGCAGCAGAGCAGCUCGAGGCUGUGAUGAAAAAGCUGGCUCCCGAACUGUUUGACUCCCAGCCUGACCUCCUUCACCAACUGGUCACCAUCAUGAAUCCCAAUGUCCUCAUGGAGCAUGGAGUCCCCGUCUACAGGACCAAUCAGUGUGCAGGGGAGUUUGUGGUGACCUUCCCCAGGGCCUACCACAGCGGCUUCAACCAAGGAUACAACUUUGCAGAAGCUGUUAACUUCUGCACCGCUGACUGGUUACCAAUGGGCCGCCAGUGCGUCGCUCAUUACCGACGACUUCACCGCUACUGCGUCUUCUCCCACGAGGAGCUCUUGUGUAAGAUGGCGGCCGACCCCGAGAGCCUCGACGUGGAACUGGCUGCUUCCGUCUUUAAGGAAAUGGGAGAUAUGAUGGACGAAGAGACCAGACUCAGGCAGGCUGUCCAAGACAUGGGGGUGCUGUCGUCAGAACAAGAGGUGUUUGAGCUUGUUCCAGACGACGAGCGUCAGUGCUACAAGUGUAAAACCACCUGUUUCCUGUCUGCACUGACCUGUUCCUGUAACCCUGAUCGACUGGUUUGUCUCAACCACACAGCAGAUCUCUGCGACUGUCCACUUGGCAAUAAGUGUCUCAGGUAUCGUUAUGAUCUGGAGGAGUUUCCCUCUAUGCUGUACGGUGUAAAGACACGGGCGCAGUCCUACGACACCUGGGCAAAGAGGGUUUCGGAGGCACUGUCUGCAGACCAGAAGAACAAGAAAGAUCUUAUUGAGCUCAAAGUUCUGCUGGAGGAUGCAGAGGACAGGAAGUACCCCGAGAACUCCUUGUUCCGUCACCUGAGGGAGAUGGUCAAAGAAGCGGAGACGUGCUCGUCUGUGGCCCAACUGCUGCUCAGCCGCAAGCAAAGGCACAGCAGUCGCCUCCGUUCUUCUGAGAGCAGUCGUAAUCGCACCAAGCUGACUGUGGAUGAGCUCAAAGCAUUUGUGGACCAGCUUUACCGGCUGCCUUGCAUCAUCAGCCAAGCGCGACAGGUCAAGGAGUUAUUGGAGACUGUGGAGGACUUCCAUGAGCGAGCCCAGGUGGCUCUCUCAGAAGAAAUGCCUGAUUCUUCCAAGCUGCAGGCCCUGCUGGACCUCGGCAGCGGCCUGGACGUGGAGCUGCCAGAGCUGCCCAGACUCAAGCAGCAGCUGCAGCAGGCGCGCUGGCUGGACGAGGUGCGUGUCACCCUCGCUGAGCCCCAGCGUGUCACUCUGGAGCUGAUGAAGAGGUUGAUAGACUCCGGAGUUGGUCUGGCUCCACACCAUGCGGUGGAGAAGGCCAUGGCCGAGCUGCAAGAGGUCCUCACUGUCUCUGAGAGAUGGGAGGAUAAGGCUCGCGCCUGCCUGCAGGCCAGGCCCCGUCACAGCAUGAUGACCCUGGAGAGCAUUGUGCUGGAGGCAAGGAACAUCCCGGCUUAUCUGCCAAAUAUUUUGGCCCUGCGGGAGGCGCUGCAUAAGGCCAAGGAGUGGAGCGCUAAAGUGGAGGCCAUCCACAGCGGAAGCACCUACGCUUACCUGGAGCAGCUGGAGAGCCUGCUGGCCAGAGGUCGCUCCAUCCCCGUCCGCCUGGACCCGCUGGCUCAGGUCGAGUCUCAGGUCGCUGCGGCCCGAGCCUGGAGGGAGAGGACGGCCCGCACAUUUCUCAAGAAGAACUCCACGUACACUCUGAUUCAGGUUCUUAGUCCUCGUGCGGACAUCGGAAUAUACGGCAACAGCAAGAGCAAGCGAAAGCGGGUGAAGGAGCUCAUGGAGAAAGAGAGAGGCGGCUUUGAUCCGGACGCCCUGAGCGACCUGGAGGAAAGCCUGGAGGAGAUGCGGGAUCCUUCUGCUGUGGUCGCGGCCUUUAAAGCCAAAGAGCAGAAGGAGGUGGAGUCCAUUCACUCACUCCGGGCUGCCAACUUAGCAAAAAUGGCCAUGGCAGACCGCAUUGAGGAGGUCAAGUUCUGUCUGUGUCGGAAGACGGCCAGCGGAUUUAUGCUGCAGUGCGAGCUUUGCAAAGACUGGUUUCACGGAGCGUGCGUCCCUCUGCCUAAAACAGGAACUCAGAAGAAAGUAGGUGUGGGUUGGCAGAGCAACAGCAAAGACUCUAAAUUCCUGUGUCCGCUGUGUCAGCGGUCCAGACGACCGAGGCUAGAGACCAUUCUGUCCCUGCUGGUUUCGCUGCAAAAGUUGCCAGUGCGUCUGCCAGAAGGAGAAGCACUGCAGUGUUUGACAGAGAGAGCGAUGAGCUGGCAGGAUAGAGCACGGCAGGCUCUGGCCACGGACGAGCUGUCCUCUGCCCUUGCAAAGCUGUCUGUGCUGAGCCAGCGGAUGGUGGAGCAGGCGGCCAGGGAGAAAACGGAAAAGAUCAUCAAUGCCGAACUGCAGAAAGCUGCUGCCAAUCCUGACUUGCAGGGCCACAUCCAAACUUUUCAGCAGUCUGGUUUCAGCAGAGCCGCAUCACCUCGCCAGUCCGUGGACUACGAUGACGAGGAAACGGACUCAGACGAGGACAUAAGGGAGACGUAUGGUUAUGACAUGAAGGAUCCAGGUGAGGUGAAGCCCUACCUGUUCUGUGAUGAGGAGAUUCCUGUCAAAUCAGAGGAGGUGGUCAGUCACAUGUGGCCGGCCGCCACGCCUUCGUUCUGCGCUGAGCACGCCUACUCGUCCGCCUCCAAGUCCUGCGUGCAAAACCUGAGCACACCCAGGAAGCAGCCUCGGAAGACCCCUCUGGUACCCCGGAGUCUGGAGCCACCGGUCCUCGAGCUGUCCCUGCACGCUAAAGCCCAGCUGGAGGAGCUGAUGAUGCUGGGAGACCUGCUGGAAGUGUCCCUGGAUGAGACCCAGCACAUCUGGAGGAUCCUGCAGGCCACACACCCUCCGUCUGAAGAGAGAUUCUUGCAAGUCAUGGAGCCUGACAACUCCCUGAUGGAGAAGCCUCUAAAGAUUAAACUUAAAGAUUCAGAGAAGAAAAAGAAACGGAAACUGGAGAGAGCCGAGCACCACCAUUUACUAAUGGCCGCUGCUGCAGCAAGUGGAGCUUCCGCGAUGGGAGAGAUCAGAACAUCCAAGUCCAAAGAGCUAAAGAGGGUCGGUCUGGAGCUGGGCUUGGGGGGCAAGACCAAAAAGAAGAAGCUCAAACUCAGCCUGGAAAAGAACCGGGAGAUGAAGCAGUUGGCCAAACGGUUAGCCAAGGAGGAGAAGGAGAGGAAGAGGAAAGAGAAGGCAGCCGCAAAAGCAGAGGCCAUCAGGGAAGGGCUGGAGAAGAGAAAAGAGAAGAAGAUCCUGGACAUUCCUUCCAAGUACGACUGGUCGGGGGCUGAGGACUCCAAUGACGAGAAUGCAGUGUGUGCAGCAAAGAACUGCCAGAGACCCUGUAAAGACAAGGUGGACUGGGUGCAGUGCGACGGCGGCUGCGACGAGUGGUUCCACCAGGUCUGCGUGGGCGUGUCGUGUGAAAUGGCGGAGAACGAAGACUACAUUUGCUUGGACUGCUCACGGAAAGCAGCCGGCGCAGGCGUGACUGUGGAGUUGGUGGAGGAGAGCGUCACGGUGCUGACGACGGCGAUGUGCGGCGGCAUCCAGAGCGCAGCGUCGGCGGCCGCCGUGGCCUCGUGGUCCUCUGCUGCCCACGUGAACCCGGUAACUUUACAUCAGCAGCAAGAGCCUCAGCAGGGCAGUUAGCGCUAAAAAUGGCCGAAGGACUGACCACCUCCACGCAGAACACAGCGUCCUGUUACAACAACGACGAGAAAGGCUUCUUUUGAAUGUGGAAGGGGGAGCGGCGACUGUAACUUUCCGAUUGUAAAGCACAAGACGUGGUUUUCUGUGUGAGUCUUCAGGAAUGACACAUUUUCUAAGUGGAAAGGUGUGUUGUAGGUGCACAGACUUAGUCCUCCUGCAACAGUUUUACGUGUAGAAAUACCCACCAGCUACUUCCUCAACAGUAACAAGUCUCUGCUUUACGUACUUUACAGUCAAACACCCUCCUACUCAAGCUGUUGUAUUCAGUGCAAAGAGACAAAUCUGUUCCUGUCCCAGGACGUCCGGCCCGCUCCCCUCUGCCCUCCGCCUUGCCCCUCAGACAGUAACAUCUCCUUGUGUAGGACUCGAGGAUAGGGAGAAAAUGGUUAUGUAGUGAAAUUAUUUAUAAUGUAUAUAGGUUUUAAACAAAAAAAUGGAUUGUGUUUUUUUUUUUCUCACCUUUAAUAAACUAUUCCUAGUCAAACGA